CCUUACCCAGAUGAAGGGACCCCAUUCCUGUCCAUCAGCAUCUUGUCAAUAUUCAUAAGAAAGACAAAGGUGAAGAAGCAGCUUCUGAAGGAGGUGGCCGCAAACGAUCGCUGGCACGUCAACAACAAAUACGACCGGUCCCACACUCCCCUCACUGUGAAGGAGAUCAUCCGGCGUGCUAAGCAGUACAUUGACAAGGAGGUGACCUUUGAUGUGUUUUUUAAAAACUGCGAGCACUUUGUGACCAUGCUGCGCUAUGGUGAGGGGAUCUCUGACCAGGCCAACACAGCAAUCGGUAGGAUAGUGGACGCAGUAAGUGCCAUUGCUGCUGCUGUUAUCAGGGUGAGCAUGUCUGGGAGCAAAUCCAAGAGAGAGAAAUAA